UUAUUAAGGAUGCAAAUGAGCAGCUAAUUGAUAAAACAGUGAAAAUACAUUCUAAAAGUAGAACUGGAUUUUUUGCAAAAAUUAAAAAUAUUAAUGAGAUAGAAAAUAUAGAUUCAAAUAACUUUCAAAUUAUGUAG